ACACGCCACCAGACAUCCAUUCACCCACUACACUACAGCACAUAAGCAUACCUCACUCGGACAUCUACCACAAGAACACCUUUGAAUCCAACCAACACAUCUCUUCAUCCAUUUCACACCACCAUGUCUCCACGAGCUCCAAGCACAAUGGCCCGACGCUUCAUCGCAACGGCAACACACCAGCCCGCUCCUGCCUUCAACGCAUCCCGAGCCGCCGUCCCCUUGAUCGCAGCAGGAGCCGCCGCGACAGCAGCUACCGCAGUGACAGCUUCAAGAGCCGCCCCGAAGCUUGGCCGCAUUGCUAAAUGGUACCUUCCCACCAUGGCAGCUGUCGCCUUCGGCAUGCUCUACAUCCCAGAAACCUUCUUCAUCGAGCCCUCCAAGCGCACCGUGACCCUGGACCAAGCCAAUCGCUUCAUUGGUAUGGGCGUCGACCAGCAGCUCUCCGACCACAACCGCCGCGCAAACGUUGGCUACGAGCUCACCCAGGAAGAGCGAAACCAGGCCAUGCUCGACUCGUUCGGCUCGCGGUCCAGUCUCGACGACAUGGAGAAGGCAAUCGCGGGGUACGAAGCGACGAGGCCCAAGGGCCCCGUUGAGACGAGGAUGGCACUUGAGAAUGCCUACGGCGACAGGAGCAGUCUGCAGCACUUGAGGCGGGCGAUGCAGAUCUACGAGGUGCAAUGAAUGAGCGGAUGAAGAAGAGGUGGAAAGUCGAAUAUCAACUCAAGGAAGACUGCUUCGAAUGCCCUGGAGGACAUUGAACAGAUUGGCAGCACGUCACGCGACAGGAGCGCCGAGGACGAGACGGA